CUUAAGACCUCGCGAGCGCGGCGGGGCAGAGCCAGGCGCUUCCUGACUUUCGCUAUCGCUGCCGGGCUCCGGAGGUCCGGGGCCGUGGCGCAGGUGCUCGCUCCGGAGCUUUCGUCCUCCUCGGGGGCGGCUCGGCCGGGAUGGGGGCCGCCGCGCUGCUUCUGCUGCUGGCGCUGCUGCUGCUGGGAGCGCUGGGGGCGCUGAGUCCGCGGCUCCGGUUCCGCGCCAAGGUGGCCAGCUACUGCGUGCUCUGCGUGGUCGCCUCGGCCCUCACCAGCCUCGCCUGCCUGCUCUGGAACGGCGGCCGCACCGUCCGGAAUAUGACGCUCAUUAAAAACGUGGUUCGCACCUUCAAGUACCUCUACGGACUGAGGUUUGAAGUGAGGGGUCUGGAGCACUUCGAGAUCGAAGGUCCCUGUGUCAUCAUUUCAAACCACCAGAGCAUCCUGGACAUGAUAGGGCUGAUGGAAAUCCUUCCGGAGCGCUGCGUCCAGAUUGCCAAAAGGGAGCUGUUGUACUUCGGGCCGGUGGGGCUGAUCAUCUACCUGGGCGGGAUCAUCUUCAUCAACCGGAAGAGCACCGGCACCGCCAAGUCCGUGAUGUCCGGAGUCGGCCAGGUCAUGACCAGCGAGAACCUCAAGAUCUGGAUCUACCCAGAGGGAACAAGGAACAUGAACGGGGACCUUCUGCCAUUCAAGAAGGGCGCUUUCCAUCUCGCAAUUCAGACUCAGGUUCCAAUAAUUCCUGUGGUCUAUUCCUCCUUUUCUUCAUUUUACAACCCAGAAAAGAAGAUGUUUACCUCAGGCAAAAUCAAGGUGGAAAUCUUUCCGCCCAUCUCAACAAAGGGCAUGACAACUGAGGAUGUUGAUGAGCUCGCCAAGCAGUGCUACACCACCAUGAGGGAGACCUUCUUCACGUUGUCGGGAAAGAACAGAGAAGCCAAUGGAGAGGCCUCCAUCCUUGGGCAGUAGGGUCUCUUGCCAAAAUGGCUGGGAGGCUCACCUGUGGGACAGAUCCUUCAAUUGCCCCAAACAGUGGCGAUGGCCCCCUUGCUUGACGUGGUGGUGAAAACGUGUAGGUUGUUCCCAAAGAACUUGAGUGAGGGGAGAAAGACAUUCAACCAGUGGAUGUACUCAAAUUUCUCAGGUGGAGGAAUCUCCUCUCCCCACCUUCUUCUCCACAAACUGCUAUUACCAAAGAUUCCUGACCUUCUCUGUGUUCACAACCAGCAGCUUAAGCAAACCCAAGUGCCUUUUUUCUCUCCUGGUGACUCCAGGGAUUGGGUCCAUGGCUUCCUCCUUGCCCUCCGGAGUGAUGGUUGUGAAGGCGCUUCUUCCCUUCAUUGGGCACAGGGAUAAUUUGGGUGGGCAGGCCCAGAAUCUGGUCCACUUGGCACUUUUUCCUAAAGGAAGCUGGGGGUCAGGCCCCAAUAUAUAUUUGAUAUAGUUUCGGGUUGAGAUGGGGAAUAUUCCCGAACCAGUAAUGAUCCUUUUUCAGAAGAGGGGAUGCUGGGUGUUUGCUGUCCUGAUGGACUGCAUCUAUUACUGUUGGAGACAAGGUGUGCAAGUAGACUCCCACAGGUAAGCUGGGGAGACUGUGAAAGACCAUGGCAGAGUUUGCCGUUAUGGUAACCACACAAAUCCCAUCCUCUACCAAGGGCUCCUAUUGACACUAUAGUGCAGUGCUUCUCCAUCUCACCAACUUUUUAGAUGCAAGGACCUCAACUCCAAGAAUUCUCCAGCCAGCUGUGCUAGGGAAUGCUGGCUGGAAAAUUCUGGGCAUUGAAGUCCAUACAUCAUAAAGUCCUUCCAACUUUAAAUGUUGCCCAAGAAUAAGGAAGCUUUCUUAUUUAUUUGGGACAAAGUUUCCCCCCUGUUCUUUUCUUUCAAGAUAACUAUAGCUCUGUUGCAAGAAGAGAUAUUUCAGUCACCAAAAGUUGUCUCACAUGGUUUGGGUGCCAGAGUGCAAAGCAGAUGUACUAACUUGGAAAUUCUGAGAUCUCAUGAUGGCAAAGAGAAGAGCUAACAUGGGUGAAUCCUUUUGCUAGAGAGGAUUUCAAAACAGUUAUGAACUUGUAAAGAGAUCUGAUUAAAUUUACCUGCUGUAGUGUUUGGAUUUUCCCAUCAGCUCAGCAAAACAUGGCUGUUUUCUUUUGAUUUUUGUGAGAAUGGAGGGCACAAUGCUGCUAGCAACUCUUCCCUAACUCUGUUGCCCUCAGCAGAGUUGUGAGUCCAACUGUUGCAUUGUGUUGGGGCAGAGAUUCCCAGAAGUAAACUCUUAAAGAGAAUCAAAAGUACUUUCAGACAGAUGUCCUGUUCACUCGGAAUUCUGAUGGAGAACUUGCUAUUUGUCCAACAUUCCCGCCAUGCUGGACUGCUGCCCUCUAAACUAGGGUUGCUCUCCCCAAGUCUUGACGCCAAUCCCAGCCAAUGAAGCCACUGCCUGUUGGCUGACAGUUUGCUCAAGGGUGGAGACUUUUGUCAGUUUCUGAUCCAGUUGGGACCCUGAACCAAGUUGGGUGGACUUAGAUGAUCUUUAAGGUCCUUGUCAGCCCCGCCCUGCAAAAGCAAGUUGCGUUCCCUUGGUUUCACCCAAUCCGCUGUGGCCCUGCACCCAUCCCCAUGGAUCAUUCUUCUACAGUCCCAGUCCCGACCCGCCAAAAAGGGUCGAGACUAGGCACAACUCAGCUUCCUUUAUCUGGAGGCUCCAGAGCAGAGAGUCUCAACCUUACCCAACUUCAAGAUGGGUGGACUUCAACUCCCAGAAUUCCCCAGCCAGCUUCCUGGUUAGGGAAUUCUGGGAGUUGAAGUCCACCCAUCUUAAAGUCAUUGAGGUUGAAAAAGACUGCCCCAGACUCUCUGGAGAAUUCAUUGGUGAUCGGUCAUCUUUUAAUGGACAGAACAGCCAAAUGCCUAGGACCGUGAUGGUGAACCUAUGGCAUGCGUGCCACAGGUGGCACACAUAGCCAUAUCAGUGGGCACGUGAGCUCAGCUCCAGUGCACAUGCUGGCCAGCUGAUUUUCGGGCCUUCUGGGCCCACCAGAAGUAGGUAAACAGGCUGUUUCCUGCCUCCAGAGAGCCUGGUGGUGGUGAGGAAGACCCAUUUUUCUCUCUUAUCUGUCUCCAGAGCCUCUAUAGGAGUCUCUGGAGGCUGGGGACAGCAAAAAACGUCACUUCCUGUCCAACCUGAAGUUGGUAAACGGGCCAUUUCUGGCCUCCGGAAGGCCUCCAGGGAAAUGGGGAAGGCCAUUUUCCACCCUCCCAGACUCAGAGAGGGGCUCUUGAGACAGGUGAGAGAGAAAAACGGGCCUACCGGACCAUCCGUGUCAGGGGGGGAAGAGUCACAUGUGCAUGCACGGGGGUGGGGCGCAUAGAAUUAUGGGUGUGGGCAUGCACACCCGUGAUUCCCCCCCCCCCGCCCCCCUCCUCCUGGCACGCAAUGGCAAAAAGAUUAGCCAUCACUGGCCUAGGACUUUUCUGCUCCAUCCCGGUAUCUGGGAUGCUUUCUUGCUGUCUCCCCCACUCCAAUUUUGCAACAAAGCCCAUCUCCCACUUAGCAGGGAGAUGAAGCUACCCCUGAAGCAGUUCAGCAUCUGGAAGACCCAUAAGCACAACUCCAGCAUUCAGAGGGUCUGUUGAAUCCACCAUCCUUUUAAGCCAGUUCCAGAUUUAUUUACAGGGUUUGGGGACAUGGUUGUCUACGGGUGGGACAUACACAACUGGAAAGGAGGCCCUCAACCUUAGGCAACGUCCUCACCACCAGUCGGACUUCAGGGGAUGGAGACAAGAAAGAGUAUCUGGCUGCUGGGAGUUGUAGUUCCGACAGCUGAAGAAUAGUUUUCCCACCCCUUCAAAAGCAUACCAAAAACAUGUGCCAAAGUGCCUUAUUGCAAAACCGUGGAUUGCUUUUUGGUAUUGUCAAAUGUACUAUUUUUAUAAAGAAUUUUAUUUAAAGAA